AUGGCUUCGGUCGCAGGGAGAAGGGGCGGCAAUGCCUCGAGCGCGGUCGAGAUUGCCAUUCUGCCCACCCUCAAGAGCUGUCUGGUCAACCUUCCGUCGAACGUGGCGUAUGCAUUGAUCAAUCAAAACACCGUCGCCCAGAAUGUUGUGGUGGAGAUUCAAUACCGACCGCCCCCUCCCGCCGGGUCAGAUCCAAAGGCGAGGCCACCGGCGCCGCAAUCUGUCUUCGUGGGAUGGACGGGCAUGCAGUCGCUGAACAAACUGGCACCUGCAGUAGGUCGAGAUGGCAUAAGAAGCGGGUCGCAAGAGAAGGAGGUGCCGACUGUGGAGAUUGAUGCUACAUUUGCUCGGAGGCUGGGCAUUGGCGAAGGGACGAAGGCUAGUGUGACACUGCAUUUAGAGCCUCCUCAAGCACAUACAGUCAAUAUUGAGCCUCUCACGGCGACUGACUGGGAAAUAAUUGAGCUUCAUUCGUCCUUCCUGGAAAUGAACUUUCUCUCCCAAGUCCGCGCCUUGCCAAACCCAGCUGCAGGGCACACGCAUCCACUUACACUACAUCUCACGCCUACAUCUACUGCUAACGUCACAGUCACCUCGUUGGUGCCAGCACCAGCAGCCGGACAAGCGUUCGUCAAGAUCUCCCCCGAUGCGGAAGUCAUUGUUGCGCCGAAGACCAGGCAAUCGAACAGGCCAAGCAGCUCAAGAGACAACAGAAGCAUCGGAAGCACAGGCCGGAGAAGUGCGGGCGGAAGGAGCACCGCAAGCCAAGCAAGACAUAAAGGCGAGCGUGAAAACGAGAAGUCAAGGCCUCCUAUCUUCCUUCGUGGCGUCACCCGAGCGCUUCAAAAUGAGUGGUUUGAGGACGGCGGGGAUGACUUGAAAGACGAAGGCCUGCGUGUCUGGCUGGACCGCGAGCAUCUGCUAUCUAAGACGCUUAGAGGUGUGACAUGGGUUGCUGUCACUGUCAUCAAACCAGCUGGACUCCAGGAACCGGUCGAUCCCCAGGCCCAGCCGACGCCAGACCAGCAGCCUGCUCAAAAGGUCAUAGCGAAGGCAGUCGCUUGGGAAGAUGCUCCAGACAGUCGACAUGCGGCGCUAUCGUCAUUGCUUUGCUCUGUGCUUGGCUGCGAGGGCAUCGUAGGUGGUAUCGUACGCAUCGACCCGGCCCCACCACCUUUGCCUCGAACAGCCUCUGCUUUGAAGGAUCCAUCUCAACAGGCGAGCAAAGAAAACAUCGUCAAGCGGCUUCGCAUCACCCCAUUUGCUCCGACACAAGCAGAGAAGAAAGCCAUUGGCUUCAAGUUUGGUGGAGAGUCGAAGACCGAGAAGGAGGAGGCCGUGCAACGCAUCAAGUCUAUCCUUGGCAAAAGUAUCCUCGAGGGGCCUAUCACAGAUGGAAUGCUGCUACCGGCGCGAGAAGGGUGGCCAGGAGGCAUUCUUGACUUUGAUCCUGCACCGCCUGGCGACCCGGCGAAAACCAGAACGCACUGGCUCAUAGGUGGCGAGAGAAAGCUCGAAAUUGCCGUUCAAGCCGAGACAGCAAGGCAGAAAAGUCCGCAAUGGCCACCUGGUGAACCAUUGCCGGACGAGAUCCCUACGAUGGUGGGUAUCGACACAACCAUCGAACAAACACGGAAAAGUCUACUGCAUACUUCCUCAGUCCUGUUGACUGGUGGUCUUGGCUCUGGAAAGACGUCUCUAGCCCAUCUUCUCGCUCAUCAAUUGCGUAACGAGUACCUUUCCAACAUCAUUUACUUUCCGUGUCGAACGAUGGUCACUGAUGAAACGAGAGUCAAAACCAUCAAGGACACGCUUCAGCGCAUCUUUGCCUCGGCAGCUUGGGGUGCCAGGAUAGGAGGACGAUCGGUCGUCAUACUUGACGAUAUCGACAAGCUGUGUCCAGUUGAAACAGAGCUGCAAGUCGACGCAAAUGGCAGAAGCAGGCAAGUCAGCGAACUGCUCUGCUCUACUGUGAGGCAGUGGUGUACUCGAGACUCAGGAGUGGUCAUGCUUGCAACUGCUCAAGGCAAGGAAGCGGUACACAAUGUAGUCAUCGGCGGCCACGUGGUGCGAGAUAUUAUUGCCCUCAAGGCACCGAGUAAAGAUGGGAGACGAAAAGUGCUCGAACUCCUAGUCAACCAAGCGAAAAAGGCCAGCAGUAACGAUGGUGCAGAAACCAUACUCCGAGAUGGCGGUGCUGCACACGAAUGGAUGGAAAGUUCAGACGGCGAACCUAGCAGACCAACUUCGGCCAAUGGUCCAGAUGGGGUUGAAGAUGGUUUCGAUGCAGACCUAGAUCUACUUGACGUCGCAGGCCAGACUGAUGGCUACAUGCCUGGCGAUUUGGCUCUUCUCGUAUCGCGAGCUCGCAGUGAAGCCCUCAUUCGCGCAGUCUCGGACGAAUCCUUAUCCGACGAUGUCAAUCUAACUGGCAUCGAUUUCACGGCAGCCUUGAAGGGCUUUAAACCGGCAUCUUUACGCGGCGUGACCCUGCAUUCUUCUACAACCACAUUCGCCAGCAUAGGUGGCUUGACUGAAACGCGGCAGACUCUUCUGGAGACACUACAAUACCCCACCACAUAUGCUCCCCUCUUCGCCAAAUGUCCACUUCGUCUACGAUCAGGUCUCCUCCUCUACGGCUACCCGGGUUGCGGCAAGACUCUCCUCGCCUCUGCCGUUGCAGGCGAAUGCGGUCUCAACUUCAUCUCAGUCAAAGGUCCUGAAAUCCUCAACAAAUACAUCGGUGCCUCAGAGAAGUCAGUCCGAGACCUCUUCGAACGAGCUGAAGCAGCGAAGCCAUGCGUCCUCUUCUUCGACGAAUUCGACGCCAUAGCACCCAAACGUGGCCAUGACAGCACAGGCGUCACGGAUCGCGUCGUCAAUAUGCUUCUCACAAUGAUGGAUGGCGCCGAAGGUCUAUCCGGCGUCUACGUCCUCGCAGCAACCUCUCGACCCGACCUCAUCGAUCCCGCGCUCUUGCGUCCAGGCCGUCUCGACAAAUCUCUGAUCUGCGACAUGCCAAACGAAACCGACCGUCUCGACAUUCUCCACGCAAUUUCCAAAAAACUCCAUUUAAGUCCCGACCUCCUCGACAACACGAAUCCCUCCCAAACGUCCCUCCACGAAGUCGCACGCCGUACAGAAGGCUACUCCGGCGCCGACCUUCAAGCAGUCAUGUACAACGCUCAUCUCGACGCGAUCCACGAAAUUCUAGGCGAUGGAACAUCUCAAGACCUCACCGGCCCCAACACAAAAAAGCAACAAAGAACAACAACAACAACAGCAGCAACAACCAAGCAUCAAGAUUUCACCUGGUUCCAAAUGGGCCAAUUCAACCCCCAAAAUCCCCUCGAAUUCCCUCCUCAACAAGCCGCCGAACGCGCCAAAAUCGCCACAAAACUCCUCGCUCUCCAACAAGCCCGGAAAAAAGCCAAAGCGGACCGUCAAGCUUCUCGACUUCCUCCAUCUCAAGUUCGACCCGGUUCUGCAAUGUCUAACCUCUCAGCAUCGGCACCGCAAACCAAUGGUGAGACUUCUUCAACUUCCGAACCAAUAAUUCAAUGGCACCAUCUCCAAAAAUCUUUGCAGGAAACAAGAGCUUCGAUUUCGAAACAGGAACAGGCGAGAUUAGCGAAAAUUUAUAGAGAGUUUGUUGUGGGCAGGAAUGGGGAUAUGACGGAUGGACAGGGAAGUACGGAGAUUGGGGGGAGGACGAGUUUGAUGUAG